AUGUUUUUAAAGAUAAACCGAAUUGAAGAACGAAAACAAAAGUACCACACUCCGCCACUAGUUGACGAACUAAAGCGGAAGCGUGAAUUAACAAUGAUAGAGCUUCGCAAAAAGAAGAGAAUGGAGCACAUCGCCAAAAAGCGGGCAAAAGAUACAGCUGAUGGCAUUGUAGCUCAGAGUGCAUGUGAGAACUCUCCGGAUGCAAUAAAAUUCCCAGAAAGCAUAGUCCCUGAGAUGUUAUCUGAAAUUGACUAUAGGCUUACUGAUCUUUCACUUACUCCUUUACAAAGAUUUUUUGUGCUGAUUUCCCUCAUCCAAAAUACUGAUUCCAAUCCUUUAUUAGCGCUUUCUGUUUCUACAUUAAGGAAAGUAUUAUCAGAAGAUUUUAAUAUUUCUCCAGAACUUAUAUUGAAAACAGAAUUGCUUAAAAAAUUAGUAAAAUGCUUACUCCCCCCCUCCGUGAGUGAGUGAACAAAACCAUUAGAAAAAUCGCUAUUUUUUGCCCAAAAACCCACCCUCCGUGAUUGAACAAAAAAUUUUUAUGGAAAAAAAUUUUGAUAUAUAAGUGAUAAUUAGUAUAAUGAAAUCUAGUGCUAAUUCUGUUUAAUUUUUAAACAAAUUGCUUUUUAAAACAUAAAUUUUACUAAUUAAUUCAAUUUUUGCGAAUUAGGAUUUUUUUAAAUUUCGAAAAAAAAUAUUUUCUAUAUAAAAAUUUAUAUAUAAAUUUUUUUUUAAAAAAAAAAAAUUAACCCCCCUUCGUGAGUGAACAAAAUUUUUUUGUUCACUUACGGAGGGGGGGAGUUAGAGAUAGACUAUGAAGAUUUGCAGUUUAAUGCCUCAUGAUGCCUAACUAAUUUGACAUCCUAUUCGACUGAAUUAGUGGCUGAUAGUGUUGCUAAUGGAAUAAUUGAAGCCCUUAUAAAGAUUUUAUCAGCAAGUAAGUCUGAUGCUAAUUAUUCUCAAGCUGCUUGGUGUCUUGGCAAUAUUGCAGGAGACUCCCCUAACUCCUCCUUCGGUGAGUGAACAAAACCAUUGGAAAAAAUAUAUGUAAUUCCCUUUAAUAGCCCUAUAAGUGGGUGAAUUGCCUGCUACAAUUACAAUUUGGUCCGACCAAAAUUAUUAGUUUUGGUCGGACCAAAUUGUGAACUCAGCGGACAAUUCACCCACUGAUAGGACUAUUAAAGGGAAUUUUCUAUACCAUUUUUAGGUAAAAUCCCAACCCUUCUUGACCGAACAAAAAUUUUAAUAUCAAAACAUUUUUAUUAAAAGUAAUUCUGUUUAAUUUUAAGUCGCUUGCAUUUUAAAAACAAAUUAUAAAUUAAAUUUUGUGCUUUCCAAUUUUACGAGUGGGAUUUUUUAAAUUUCCUAAAAAAAAAAAAAAUUUACUAUAAAGUUAAUCAAAACAAAUCUCCCUCUAUGAGCAAACAAUAUUUUUUUUAUUUACUCACAAAGGGGGAGUAAGCAUCAAGAUCUCGUUUAUACUAGCGGCUCUGGAGAGCUAAUAAUCAGAAAAAUUGCAAAUUUACGCAUAACAAGAAUAGGCGAAGUCUCAAUACUUAUAUGGUCACUAUCAAAUUUACUUAAAGGUCCUUCAGUGUCUCGAAUUUUUAUCAGUGAGUUUUUUGAAAUUGUCCCUAAAAUAUUGAGCUCUGAAUAUGAAGAAGUUUUAAGAGAAACCAUGCUUUGUUUAUACUUAAUAUCUGAAGGUAAUAGAAAACUAAUUAUAGAUGCCGGCAUAAUUCCUAGAAUAAUAGAAAUCCUGAUCUAUGAAGAUCCAUCAUUAAAAGUCUUAACGCUUACUCCUCCAUGCAUGAGCGAACAAAAAAAUUUUGUUUGCUCACGUAGGGGCUUAAAUUUUUUUUUAAUAAAAUUAUAUAUAAAUUUUAUUAAAAAAAAUCCAAUUUAAUUUCCAAAAUUUAUGUUUCAAAAUACAUUUUGUUUAAAACCAGAAUUAGCUAGAUUUUUAUUAUAAUAAUUAUCGUUUAUAUAUCAAAUUUUUUUUUCUUAAAAUUUUCAUAUUAAAAUAAUUUUUGUUCGCUGACGAAGUGGCAAAAAAUAGGGAUUUUUCCAAUUUUCAUUUCGCUCACGGAGGGGGAGUUAGAACUUUAGGAAUUAUAGCAGGAGGUGACAGCUAUGACACAAAUAUUCUUUUAAAUUACGGAAUUAUCGACAAAAUAUCUUCAUCUAUCUGUUCUACUAAACCAGAAAUAAAAAAAGAAGCUUUAUGGUGUUUAAGUAACUUAUGUGCUUGUGAAUCAAAAAAAGCUGAUAAAAUUUUAUUCCACCCUAUAAUGAAAUCAAUCCUAGACUCUCUAUUCCACACACAUUUUCAAAUUCGCUUUGAAGCUUCUUUUGUUAUUACAAAUUUAACAGCUUCUGCAUCCCAUGAAGCCUUAAUGAAAUUUAUGGAAGGUAACAUAUUAGAAGUCCUAUCAGAGCAGCUUGAAAAUAAGGACUCCAGGAUUUUGCUGCUUAUACUUAAAACAGUUUUUAAUCUGAUUAAUGUAGGGAGCCAAAUGGGGAAAAAUGAAAAUAAAAUAAACAUAAAGUUUGAUGCUGCAGGAGGUAUUACAAGGCUAGAAGCACUGCAAGCUCACCCAAAUAGACAAGUGUAUAAUAAAACAAUUGAAAUUUUGUCUAACUCCCCCCCCCUCCGUGAGUGAACAAAAAAAUUGUGUUCACUCGCGGAGGGGGGUUAAUUUUUUUUUUUAAAAAAAAUUUAUAUAUAAAUUUUAUAAAAAAUAUUUUUUUUCGAAAUUUAAAAAAAUCCUAAUUCGCAAAAAUUGGAAAGCAAAUAUUAAUUCAAUUUGCAAAAUUUAUGUUUUAAAAAGCAAUUUGUUUUUAAAAUUAAACAGAAUUAGCUCUAUAUUUCAUUAUACUAAUUAUCAUUUAUAUAUUAAAACUUUUUUCCAUAAAAAUUUUUUCUAUUAAAAAAAUUUUUGUUCACUCACGGAGGGUGGGUUUUUGGGCAAAAAACAGCGAUUUUUCUAAUGGUUUUGUUCACUCACGGAGGGGGGGGGGGAGUAAGUUUUUUGACGCUGAAGAGGACUUAGAGAUGAGUAAAAAAUUAUUAUUUUUUUUCAAUUAAUAUCUCUCAAUUGAUUAUUAUAUAAAAUAAAAUGAUACUUAUAAUAAAUAGGAUAGAUUUUAAUUUUAGUUAA